GUCCCUCAGCCCCUCCUCCUCGCGGCCGCCAGAGCCAGAGCCGGCGCCACCUCGCCCCUCGGCGCGCGCGCUCCCAGCCAUGGCUUUCGCCAAUUUCCGCCGCAUCCUGCGCCUGUCUACCUUCGAGAAGAGAAAGUCCCGCGAAUAUGAGCACGUCCGCCGGGACCUGGACCCCAACGAAGUGUGGGAGAUCGUGGGCGAGCUGGGCGACGGCGCCUUUGGCAAGGUUUACAAGGCCAAGAACAAGGAGACAGGUGCCUUGGCCGCGGCCAAAGUCAUUGAGACCAAGAGUGAGGAGGAGCUGGAGGACUACAUUGUGGAGAUUGAGAUCCUGGCCACCUGCGACCACCCCUACAUCGUGAAGCUCCUGGGAGCCUAUUACUAUGAUGGGAAGCUGUGGAUCAUGAUCGAGUUCUGUCCUGGGGGAGCCGUGGAUGCCAUCAUGCUGGAGCUGGACAGAGGCCUCACCGAGCCCCAGAUUCAGGUCAUUUGUCGCCAGAUGCUGGAAGCCCUCAGCUUCCUGCACGGCAAGAGGAUCAUCCACCGGGACCUGAAGGCCGGCAAUGUGCUGAUGACCCUCGAGGGAGACAUCCGGCUGGCUGACUUUGGUGUAUCUGCCAAGAAUCUGAAAACUCUGCAGAAACGAGAUUCCUUCAUCGGAACGCCUUACUGGAUGGCCCCCGAGGUGGUGAUGUGUGAGACCAUGAAGGACACCCCAUACGACUACAAGGCUGACAUCUGGUCCCUGGGCAUCACUUUGAUUGAGAUGGCCGAGAUAGAGCCCCCGCACCACGAGCUCAACCCCAUGCGAGUCCUGCUUAAGAUUGCCAAGUCAGACCCCCCGACGCUGCUCACACCUUCUAAGUGGUCUUUGGAGUUCCGAGACUUCCUAAAGACGGCCCUGGAUAAGAACCCAGAGACCCGGCCCAGUGCUGCGCAGCUCCUGGAGCAUCCCUUCGUCAGCAGCGUCACCAGUAACAAGGCCCUGCGGGAGCUGGUGGCUGAGGCCAAGGCCGAAGUGAUGGAGGAGAUCGAAGACGGCCGGGAUGAGGGGGAAGAAGAGGACUCUGUGGACCCCACCUCACCUCUGGGGAACCACACUCGGGACUCUUCUAAGGUGAGCCAGCUGAGCCUCAAUGCUGACAGUCUUCUCAAAGAAUCGUCUUUCACUCCACUGCCACCCAGCCAGUCUCAAGAAAGUGUGAAUGGGCCCAGCCAGCCCUCUGGGGACAGAUCCCUCCAGACCACCGGCCCCGCAGCUGUGGCCCCUGGCAAUGAGAAUGGCCUCGUAGUGCCUGUGCCCCUCCGGAAGUCCCGACCAGUGUCAAUGGAUGCCAGAAUUCAGGUGUCUGAGGAGAAGCAAGCCACUGACCAGGGUGGGGACCGUAGUCCAGCAGCCAACAGGUCCCAAAAAGCAAGCCAGAGCCGUCCCAACAGCAGUGCCCUGGAGACCCUGGUCGACAGUAAACUGGCCAACGGCAGCCUGGAGCUCCCCGCCCAACCAGGCCCUUCCCAGAGGGACUCGGACUGUGGCAGCCUCUCCGCCUCCGAGAGCAUGGACUACAGCAGCUCCCUCUCAGCUGACCUGUCCCUGAACAGAGAGUCCGGCUCUCUGUCCAUCAAGGACUCAAGGCUGCACAAUAGAACCCUCAAGAGGACACGCAAGUUUGUGGUGGAUGGCGUAGAGGUGAGCAUCACCACCUCCAAGAUCAUCAGCGAAGAUGAGAAGAAGGAUGAGGAGAUGAGAUUUCUCAGGCGCCAGGAACUCCGAGAGCUUCGGCUGCUCCAGAAAGAAGAGCAUCGGAACCAGACCCAGCUGAGCAGCAAGCAUGAGCUGCAGCUGGAGCAGAUGCACAAACGUUUUGAACAAGAAAUCAACGCCAAGAAGAAGUUCUUUGACAUGGAGCUGGAGAACCUGGAGCGUCAGCAAAAGCAGCAAGUGGAGAAGAUGGAGCAAGACCACGCCGUGCGCCGCCGGGAGGAGGCCAAGCGGAUCCGCCUGGAGCAGGACCGGGACUACACCAAGUUCCAGGAGCAGCUCAAGCUGAUGAAGAAGGAGGUGAAGAGCGAGGUGGAGAAGCUCCCCAGGCAGCAGCGGAAGGAGAGCAUGAAGCAGAAGAUGGAGGAGCACACACAGAAAAAGCAGCUUCUCGACAGGGACUUCCUGGCCAAGCAGAAGGAGGACCUGGAGCUGGCGAUGAAGAAGAUCACGGCUGACAACAGGCGGGAGAUCUGCGACAAGGAGCGCGAGUGCCUCACGAAGAAGCAGGAGCUCCUUCGAGACCGGGAGGCGGCCCUGUGGGAGAUGGAGGAGCAUCACCUGCAGGAGCGGCACCAGCUGGUGAAGCAGCAGCUCAAAGACCAGUACUUCCUCCAGCGGCACGAGCUGGUGCGCAAGCACGAGAAGGAGCGGGAGCAGAUGCAGCGCUACAACCAGCGCAUGGUGGAGCAGCUGAAGGUGCGGCAGCAGCAGGAGAAGGCGCGGCUGCCCAAGAUUCAGAGGAGCGAGGGCAAGACGCGCAUGGCCAUGUACAAGAAGAGCCUCCACAUCAACGGCGCCGGCAGCCCCGCUGAGCAGCGCGAGAAGAUCAAGCAGUUCGCCCAGCAGGAGGAGAAGAGGCAGAAGUCGGAGCGGCUGCAGCAGCAACAGAAACAUGAGAACCAGAUGCGGGACAUGCUGGCACAAUGCGAGAGCAACAUGAGUGAGCUGCAGCAGCUGCAGAAUGAAAAGUGUCACCUCUUGGUAGAGCAUGAAACCCAGAAGCUGAAGGCCCUGGAUGAAAGCCAUAACCAGAACCUGAAGGAAUGGCGGGACAAGCUUCGGCCACGCAAAAAGGCUCUGGAAGAAGAUCUGAACCAGAAAAAGCGGGAGCAGGAGAUGUUCUUCAAAAUGAAUGAGGAGUCAGAGUGCCUGAACCCCGCUACCCCAAACAAGGCCACCAAGUUCUUCCCCUACAGCUCUGCGGAUGCCUCUUAACAGCCACCUGGGGCUGUGGCUGGCGGGCUGGCGGGCCUCCGGGGCCCUCCCAUUCUCUGUGAACAAGUAACUCAGGACCCCCUUCCCUCUUGCUCCCGUGCCAGCUCGAAUCCAGCCCCCAGCCUAGUGCCGCCCCAGCUGCGCCCCACAGACCCACUCUGGUGUUCCUGACUUCUCGCUCACUCACGCGGGUGAGGUUUAUUAUGUCGCCUGACCCUAAUGUUUGUUCUCUUUGAGCCCCGGAUCCCUUCAAGCUGUCAGAGAUUUGGGCUGUUGGUGGGGUCAGUGUCCAGGAGGAAUGGGCGUUCUGUGGCCUCAAGGCCCCUCCUGUUUGCCAGUACGCCAGUUUUGCUGUCUGUGGGCACAAAGCACUGCCACUGAAAUCACCAGGGGCUGGUCCAUAUUGUAAUUCUGGUGGCUUUUAAGCCCUUCCCUGCAGUGCCAGACAAGAAUCACGGCUCCGAACAGCCAUUUUGUUCUCAGUGGAGCCUGGCUGCAGCUAGCUGCUCAGGGGUGCUCUCAUUCCCCCAGUACCUCAGUUUGCCUUCCUCUUGAGACAAGGCUGGGUCUAUGACGGUGGGAUGAGGGAGAGUCUGAACACUUCAUCCUGCUGGUCUCGGGGCUUUCGUGCCAUCUCCUGUCCCCCGUUUCUGCACACACACACACACACGCACGGCUUGGCC